CUUCCCUUCUCCCCUACUCAGGAGUCAGUCCUCAUUUUCAACUCUCUCUCUCUCUCUCUCUCUCAUCUUCACUUUGAACUCUUCUCAUCUUUCUAAACUCUCUCUCUGUCUCUCUCUAAACCUCAGAUAUAUACACAACGAAGGAAGAAGAAGAAGAAGGUAUAGUGGGGGUUAAAUUGUGCAGCAGAUCAAUGGCUGUGAUGCUAGACAACUGUGAGGGGAUUCUACUCUCUCUGGAGUCUCACAAGUCAGUUCCAGCCCCAUUCCUCACGAAAACAUACCAGCUGGUGGAUGAUCCGGCCACCGACCACAUCGUCUCUUGGGGAGAAGACGACUCCACCUUCGUCGUUUGGCGGCCGCCCGAGUUCGCCCGCGACCUCCUCCCGAACUACUUCAAGCACAACAACUUCUCCAGCUUCGUUCGGCAACUCAACACCUAUGGUUUUAGAAAGAUUGUGCCGGAUAGAUGGGAGUUCGCGAACGAGUUCUUCAAGAAGGGUGAAAAGCAUCUUCUCUGCGAGAUCCACCGGAGAAAGACGUCUCAGCCGCAGGUGGCGGUGCCAGGCAACCACCAGCUCAAUCAUUCUUUUUCGCCGAUGGGUGGCCCGGCGAGUUUCUUUGCUUACCCAAGCAGGGUGAGCAUUUCGCCGCCGGACUCCGACGAACAGGCCAAUUGGUGCGACUCUCCGCCGCUCCAUUCGCCCCCGGGGAGGGCGGUGGCCAACGGCGGAUGCUACAAGAGCUCGGUGACAGCGCUUUCGGAGGACAACGAGAGGCUACGGCGGAGCAACAACAUGCUGAUGUCGGAGCUCGCCCACAUGAGGAAGCUUUACAACGACAUAAUUUACUUUGUUCAGAACCAUGUCAAGCCCGUUGCUCCCAGCAACGCUUACCCUUCUUCUUUGGUUAUAUGCAACUCAUCAUUGCCGUCUUCUGCAACACCGAUCAACGCUUCAUCAAUGGUGCAAAAGCCGGCUCUGAACAAUCUUAUUGGCUUCCAUCAAACCAGCCCUAAACAAGCUCCUCAAUUUCAAGCUUUGGGCUCAUUCAACCCCACAUCGAAUAGCUCUUUGACGAUUGUUGAAGAACCCAACAGGACAAAGCUAUUUGGCGUUCCUCUACAAUCGAAGAAGAGAUUGCACCCGGAAUAUUCUUCGUCUGUAGAGACAAACAAGGCUCGAUUGGUGCUGGAAAAGGAUGACUUAGGGUUGAAUCUUAUGCCUCCUUCCCCAUGUUAGCUUUCUACACAUCUAUCCAAGAAUCGAACUUUCUUUGCCUUUCUCUUCAGCUUUCUUAUAAUUUCUCUCUCUUCUUUCUUGGUUUCUUUUUCUUUUUAACUUAAAUUUUGGUAUUCUUAGUUUGAUGAUUGUCUGGUGAUUUAUGUCACUCUCUCUAUCUUUCUGGGUCUUGAGAGUCUGAUCCGUUCAAUGUGUGUGUGAUUAUGUAUAUAUAACUACAGUUUACAGUGCAUAAUCUUGUAUCCCGGCCCAGUCUUGAAUGCGGGUGGGUUUUCAGCUAGAGUGAAAUCAAAAGGCAAGUUUAAUUAAUGGUAAACACCAUCUUUUUUAUCUGAGCUUUCUUCCCUUUCAACAGUACAACUCAUUGCGCUUGUUUAUCACAUCUCUUCUUCUUCCUCCUUCCUUUCCGCCUCUGAUAUCAGAACGCUUCAGUUACA